AUGUGGCUGCCAAAAUUUCUUCUCUUGGGGCUUCUUCUGAGCUUAACCUUCGGCGGCUCUCCGGCUAUCGCCGAUGGUCCCGUGUGCCCCAAAACUAACUCUCUUAGCCGGAAUAGUUUUCCGAAAGGUUUUCUAUUUGGUACAGCCACCGCUUCAUACCAGGUUGAAGGUGCGGUCGAUGAAGGUUGUCGAGGACCAAGCAUGUGGGAUAUCUACUGUAAAAGAUUCCCUGCUAGAUGCAAUGGUGAUGACGGUACCGUGGCCGUCGAUUUCUACCAUCGUUACAAGGAAGAUAUCCAAUUAAUGAAACGAUUGAACUCUGAUGCUUUCAGACUCUCUAUUGCAUGGCCAAGAAUAUUCCCUCAUGGAAGAAAGGAAAAGGGAGUGAGCAAGGCUGGUGUUCAGUUUUAUCACGACCUCAUUGAUGAGCUCAUUAAAAAUGGCAUAACACCACUCGUUACUGUUUUUCACUGGGAUACUCCACAAGACUUAGAAGACGAAUACAACGGAUUUUUAAGCGAACGUAUAGUGAAGGAUUUCACGGAAUAUUCGGAAUUUGUAUUUAACGAAUACGGCGGAAAAGUUAAGCAGUGGAUCACUUUCAACGAGCCAUGGGUUUUUAGCCGUGCUGGUUAUGAUAUAGGCAAGAAAGCUCCUGGACGAUGUUCUAAAUAUGUCAACGAAAAGUGUCAUGAUGGACGGUCUGGAUACGAAGCUUACCUAGUUAGCCAUAACUUGCUUUUGUGUCAUGCCGAAGCUGUUCAAGUUUUCAGAAAUAAAUGCGAAAAGUGCAAAGAUGGGAAGAUUGGGAUCGCUCAUAGUCCGGCUUGGUUCGAGCCACAUGAUCUUGCCGACGCACAAGACGGAGCUUCCGUUGGCCGGGUUCUUGACUUUAUUAUGGGCUGGCAUUUGGAUACAACGAUGUUUGGAGACUAUCCUCAAAAAAUGAAAGAUAUUGUCGGACACAGAUUACCUAAAUUUACCGACGAUCAAAAAAGAAAACUGAAAAACUCAGCUGAUUUUGUCGGAAUCAAUUAUUAUUCUUCAUUUUUCUCAAACCACAAAGAGGUAAUAAAUCCUGCACAGCCGAGUUGGCAACAAGAUUCUCUUACCGAUUUCGAACCUAAGAGUUCACAAGGUCUCAUAAUUGGUAGCAAGCCUUUGACCGCUGCAAUGGCCGUUUACUCGAGAGGCCUUAGAAGCGUUCUGAAUUAUGUCAAAGAUAAAUACAACAACCCUGAAAUCAUUAUAGCUGAAAAUGGAUAUGGAGAAGAACUUAAGGAAAAAGAUUCUGUUGAAGUUGGAAUUGCUGAUCAUAACAGAAAAUACUAUCUUCAGAGGCAUCUAUUGAGUCUCCAGGAAGCUAUUUGUAAGGAUGGAGUGAACGUUACAGGAUAUUUCGUAUGGUCGUUGGUGGACAACUUUGAGUGGCAAGAUGGUUACAAAAACAGAUUCGGACUUUAUUAUAUCGAUUUCAAAAACAAUUUGACGCGUCAUGAGAAAGAAUCGGCUAAGUGGUAUUCAAAUUUUCUCAAGAAAGAGAUUGAUCCAUCCAAAGUUAAUGAAGAGCUGUGA